CGGGGGGAGCUUCCUGGGAACGGGUUAGAGGAACGUGCUUGUUGGAAGCGAAGGAUGAAACAUCCGGUGUAAAGGUUCUGUCGCUCAAGCAGCAGCGGCACGGCAGUCCUGCUGGCCUUGGGAGCUGCUCUGCUGGGAGGCACGGCUUUUCUUCGUUGAGAACGGACUGUACGAGAGGCUUGUUUUCCCUGGAUGCUCACCGCAGAUGUAGGCAGGGUUUUCUCCUGUUCAACAGCCACAAUUUUACAGCACUAGACCUUUCUUCGUUCUGAGAAAUUUCUGAUGGCGGAACUGCUAAUCAGUUUCACGUGUUCUUGAUCUGCUAACCAUGCUCGUCUCGUUUUGCAAAGAUACCCACGCUUCAGGUCUCUCCAUUUCAGUGACCAUCAUUGCAGAAAUUCAGAAAGAUGUGGAAUAUCGACUGCCAUUCACUGUAAACAACUUGACAAUUAAUAUUAACAUCUUGCUUCCACCUCAGUUUCCUCAGGAAAAACCAGUCAUCAGUGUUUUCCCACCUGUGAGACAUCAUCUAAUGGACAAGCAGGGAGUAUAUGUGACUGGUCCACUAAUAAACAAUUUUACAAUGCACUCGGAUCUUGGAAAAAUUAUUCAAAGUUUACUGGAUGAGUUUUGGAAAAAUCCACCAGUCCUGGCUCCUAGUUCAACAUCAUUUCCAUACCUUUACAGCAAACCAGCUGGAAUGCCUCCAUAUGCUCCUCAGGGGUUUCCGUUUCUUCCUCCAUACCCACCUCAAGAAACAAAUAGAACAAUGGCACCCGUGCCUGCCUCUGAAUCAGUUUCUUCAAGUUACACUACAGAAAAGCCUGCUGCUCCCUCUUAUGGCUUGAUUGCUGAUCUGCCACUACCUGUUCCAACAGCAGAAAUAGUGCUUCAGGUUGGCCAGAAUGGAUUUACUUACAAGAUGCCUGAUAUUCCUGAUACCUUUCCAGAACUUCUGGAACUGAGUAUAUCAGAGCUGACCAAUAUGAAUGAGAAAGAGGAGGUGUUGCUGGAACAGUUUGUGAAUCUACCACAACUGAAGCAAGUCAUUACUGAUAGAGAUGAGUUAGUGAAAAGCAUUGAAGAGCUGGCAAAAAAAAAUUUGUUGCUGGAGCCCAGUCUAGAGGCAAAAAGACAGACAGUGUUGGAUAAAUAUGAGCAACUCACACAGAUGAAAGCAGCCUUUGAAAAAAAGAUGCAAAGACAGCAUGAACUUAGUGAGAGUUGCAGUCCAAGCGCUCUGCAAGCCAGACUUAAAGUAGCUGCUCAUGAAGCUGAAGAGGAAUCUGACACUAUUGCAGAAGACUUCUUGGAAGGCAAAACAGAAAUAGAUGACUUUCUUAGUAGCUUCAUGGAAAAGAGAACGCUCUGCCACUGUAGACGAGCCAAAGAAGAAAAACUUCAACAGGCAAUAGCAAUGCACAGCCAAUUUCAUGCUCCACUAUAGGUUUCCUGCAAACUACAUCUGCCAACAGAAGAGUGAAAAACCCAGUAAAGCACACUUUUUAAUAACUAUUAUUUGCAAAUAGGCAUUUCAUCUUAUGUGGUUGUAUUUAUAGAAGAUUGUAUACAGAGCUGGGACUGUUUUUGUACAAAUUAGAAUGUCUCUUUAUAUUCUCAUUGUACUCAAGAAUCCUUCUAUUGCAAACUUUGCACUAAUUUCUUGUAUUUAUUGUUGAUAGUUCUUAUUAUAUUUAAGUUCCUGCUGCUAUACCCCAUUCUUCAAAGAUUAAAUAUCUAAAUAUGUAAUUUUGACUAGCUUUUUACAUUUUUAUAAAAGCAUAAUUCAUAUCUUUUGUAUUUUGAAAUUUAAAAGGAUUUGGCUUGAUCUGUGGAAGAGUUUGAGAUAAGUGGUGAUAGAGCUUUGGAAACUGAAGAAGUUCGUAAUUGGAGAUAGUCAGUAAAUUCACAAGCUGUCUUUUCUUAAAGCCAAAAUGUUUAAGAACAGUUUUUGUUACUUUUAAGUGAUAACACAAAACUAAUUAUAGCCUAUACUCUGUUUUGGAUAAGCUGAUCUGGAUUAAGCAAAAGUUGUGUUGGAACAAACUGCAUUGGAAACAAAAUGGAAUGAAUGAUCUCUGUGUAGAUUUGAUAUGUUGCUCAGUAGCACCGAUACACUUGAUUUCAGGUGUGGCCUGGUACCUAGCACUGUAAUUAAACACAAUUUCAUCUAACAA